GCAUACACACCACUACCUAUGCAAUCGCAGUUUGUUUUCGCGGCGGCGAGCACGCUUAACCUCCGUUAAUUGAUUGAUUAAGCACGUCUGAGCCAUAAAAGGACAUUCGGACGUUUGUCGCUCGAUUGUUCUGUUAGAAAUCAAAGCCAACCGACAAAAGCUGAAAAACAGCUGUGCUGUGAAAAGUUUGGCCAACUCACUAAAAACCAGAACAAGAAGAAUCGGACAACAGUCAACCAAAAAAGGGCGCAACAACUUAAGAAGUAGAGAAGGAGGAUAAGAAGAGUACAAAAUAAAGCAGGCAGACGGCGAACAAAAGGCAAGAAGAAACGCAAACAAUCAAACAGAGCCAGAGAGGGACACAAAAUGACGGACGAGUGCAUAACCAGAAACUAUGGUAUUCUCAGCUCGAACGGAGCGGGAAAUCGGAGCAGCAUUAUACUUGAUAAUACCGAUGCCAAGGGCUGUACGCCGGAGUCUGUUGUUGUUGGUGGUGCAACUGCAGCGAGCGCCUCUCCCCUACCGGCCAAUAAAUUUGUGGCUCGAAUGCCCGUAGAACGAUAUGCUAGCGAAUACAAUAUGAAUCACAAACACCGCGGGCUGGCCCUGAUCUUCAACCACGAACACUUCGAUAUACCCUCGCUGAAGAGCCGCACAGGAACAAAUGUGGAUUCUCAAGAACUUUACAAGGCCUUGGAUGCCUUGGGGUUCACGGUGUCCGUUCACAAGGACUGCAAGUUGAGGGAUAUCCUGAAGCACAUCGAAAAGGCAGCAUCGCAGGAUCACACUGAUAACGAUUGCCUGGCUGUGGCAAUCUUGUCUCACGGAGAGCACGGCUAUCUGUACGCCAAGGAUGUGCAGUACAAGCUGGAUAAUAUCUGGCACUACUUCACUGCCACCUUCUGUCCCUCGUUGGCGGGCAAGCCGAAACUAUUUUUCAUCCAAGCUUGUCAGGGCGAUCGUUUGGAUGGAGGAAUAACCCUGGAGAAGAGCGUUACCGAAACGGAUGGAGAGUCGUCCAUGAGCUACAAGAUACCCAUACACGCAGAUUUUCUCUUCUCUUACUCAACUAUUCCGGGCUACUUCUCGUGGCGCAACAUCAACAACGGCUCCUGGUAUAUGCAGUCGCUGAUCCGCGAGCUAAAUACGAAUGGAAAAAAGUACGACAUUCUCACCCUGCUCACAUUCGUCAACCAGCGGGUUGCUCUAGACUUUGAGUCGAACGUGCCCGCCACUCCGAUGAUGGAUCGCCAGAAGCAGAUACCGUGCCUCACUUCCAUGUUGACGCGCAUAUUGCGUUUUGGGGACAAACCGACCGGCAACAAGGCCGGCUAAAAGACUUAUCUUUUGACUUAAAUAGGUUGUACAACCAUCUCCCGCAAUCAUUCACUUUGGAUUCCAUGUCACUUCAAGUCUAGUUUUAGGUGACCCGUGUGAUUAUCCCGAAGGAUAUGAAGCACAUCGACCCAUUUCAUUUCUCUUACCCACCCAUUUUAGGCCUUAUCGUUGACGAAAUUCGUUACCCACCUACGUUUACGAGCCCCCUAAUAUUAGCAGAUCUUGCCAAUCAGCAAACCCACAAAUUUGAGAUAAGAUUGAUUAUAUAAUGAAUAUACACGCAAACAUAUAUAUAUUUGAUAUACGAAUAAAAAUGAAUUGAAAAA